UUUGCAAUAACCUAUUGGUUAUAUCACAUUUCAUACAUAAACAUAUCAGAAAGAAUUUUGUGCUAGCACAGAAGAGAAUAAAAGCUUGCUUUACUAUUGAACUAUACAAGAAGGAAGGAAAUAUGGGCUCAAUCAGACUUGUCUGUCCAGUUGAUGUCUUAUUCAGUCAGUCAUCCAUCAAAGGAGAAUUUAAAGAUGGCAGGUCCUUUGAAGACACCCUAGAAGAUAUGUUGAAUGAUGACUUGACCCCCGAUGACCUUCCACCAAUAAAGGUCAUCUUAAGCUGUGGGAGCUAUUGGGCAGUUGAUGGAAACCGGCGUCUAUAUCUGUACCAGAUAUUACACUCAUAUGGCCACAUUGAUAAAAUCAAAGUGAAAGUUUGUACAAACUAUAACUUACAUUCUCUAAGAAGGAAACUUACAACAAAAAAUGGUGGAGAAAGCAUUAAAGUAAGAGGAGACCCACUUAUGGAAUGGCGUUUACGAAUGAUAUGUCUCGAUCUAAAUAGAGAAAGAGUGGUACUUGAUGACAAGUGGUACUGAGUUUCUCCCUUGGCAGAUUCAUUAUCAAAAUAGCAUGGUCAACAUCUAGACCAAUGCACGUCUCACUCUUAGGUCAGGAUUAUAUAUAACUGAAACAUCACAAUCAGCAUAUGAUUAAGAACAAAAUAGAAUAUGCAAAAUGGACGAGUACAACAUAUAACGACAAGAAUUGCCAAUGCCAUAUAUGAGAUGGGAGUGAACAUAUGACAAUAACACCAAUCAUAUGAACUUUUCGUAAUCUAAUAAGACACAAGAUUCCCAAAAGCUUGGUAAAGACAAUGUAUGAGAAGGGAGUAUACUAUACAAAUGACAAUAACUUUGAGUAUAAUGAAACUAUGAACAGUGGGACAAACACAUGAUCAAACCAAAAAAACAUGUCAAGAACAAGAUGGUUAAACAUGAAAAGAUAUCAUAUAGCUAUAAUUAACUGAGUUUAAACAAUAUUUAUAAACUAUAUAAUGUUUUUUGCAUAUACAUGUAGCUUAUUAAAAAAUUGUUCAAAACACUGAAGUAAAUUACAUCUUACUGGAAAUAAUAUAAUGUUUUGGAGUUCAUAUUUGAGAGUUCAAUUUAGAAUGUGAUGUUUACAUAAAAUGUCA